AUGGAGGAGGAUUUCCGGUUUCAGUUUCACCUGGUGGAGGAGGAUUUCCGGUUACCAAGUAGAAGAGAAAUCCCGGUAGCAGAUUACCCGGAUGACGGAGGAUAUCUGGUUAUAGUUUCACCAGUUGGGGAAGGACUUCGGUUACAGCUUCACCAGGUGGAGGAGGAUUUCCGGUUACAGUUUCACCAGAUGGAGGAGGAUUCCGGGAAACAGUUUCACCAGGUGGAAGAGGAUUCCCGGUUACAGUUUCACCAGGUGGAGGAGGAUUCCCAAAAACAGUUUCACCAGGUGGAGGAGGAUUUCCGGUUACAGUUUCACAAGAUGGAGGAGGAUUCCCGGAAACAGUUUCACCAGGUGGAGGAGGAUUUCCGGUUACAGUUUCACCAGGUGGAGGAGGAUUCCCGGUUACAGUUUCACCAGAUGGAGGAGGAUUCCCGGAAACAGUUUCACCAGGUGGAGGAGGAUUCCCGGAAACAGUUUCACCAGGUGGAGGAGGAUUUCCAGUUACAGUUUCACCAGAUGGAGGAGGAUUCCCGGAAACAGUUUCACCAGGUGGAGGAGGAUUUCCGGUUACAGUUUCACCAGAUGGAGGAGGAUUCCCGGAAACAGUUUCACCAGGUGGAGGAGGAUUCCCGGUUACAGUUUCACCAGGUGGAGGAGGAUUUCCGGUUACAGUUUCACCAGGUGGAGGAGGAUUCCCGGAAACAGUUUCACCAGGUGGAGGAGGAUUUCCGGUUACAGUUUCACCAGAUGGAGGAGGAUUCCCGGUUACAGUUUCACCAGGUGGAGGAGGAUUCCCGGAAACAGUUUCACCAGGUGGAGGAGGAUUUCCGGUUACAGUUUCACCAGGUGGAGGAGGAUUCCCGGAAACAGUUUCACCAGGUGGAGGAGGAUUCCCGGUAA